UUUAUUUAUAGAAUCCAGUUUUCGUGGAACCAAAAAUAUACUACAUUGUGAAAAUAAUUGGAAUGCCGGGAAAUAAAUAUUGGUUGAGAUGUGUUCCAAGUCAUUGGGUUGAGCAUCGUCACGGCAAAUACGUAUUAACUGCAUAUCCACCGCAAAGUGAAGUACAACGAACGAUAAAUCGUGUUCGCGAUUAUGAAAAGCCACUGAUACACUGGAAAUCAUAUCCAGCAAUAAUACUUCAUGAAUCAGAUUCAUAUCAGACAGCAAUGAUAUAUUUGAUAGAGCGUAUUAAAAAAUCGAUAAUGAGUCGAUCAUUGAAGAAUUUGAUGCCGAACCCAACACGAAAUAGUCACAGGAAAAAGCAAAAUUUUUCAGCUAAAACUAUCCAGGGAGUAGAUAAGAUCCAAGUUCUGAAGAUUAUUCGGCCAUUGAUCGUUAGUGUCCUUGAAGUUAUAGAUAGACUCGAACAAAAUGGAAACGUGAUGGAAACCUUACGACGCAAUAACAUGACGCAUGAUCAACUGAUUCAAAUCAAUGAUUUGUCGUCACUAUCAGCUGUUUAUUUAAAUUUCUUUCGUAAAACAAUGCACAGCCAUCUGAAUUUUCAUAAAACUAAUCAAUUGCUAAUGCCACAUACGUCAGUAUCCAGUUUGUAUUACGCUCACAAAGUUAACAGUGAUAUUUAUUUAGAGAUUCAAGCGGCUUUUGUACAAAUUCUAAUGAUGAUGAGCGGCACAUUGGAUUAACAAAUUAGUCAUCCGUGUUUUUCUAGCUUUUUCCGUGAAAAAUGAAACAUAUAUGGCCGUGUAUAGUUCAUAUAUGAAGCAUAUAUGGCCAUACAUGGGUAACCAACUUUUUUAAUACAGUCACGCAUGGCCAUAUAUGAAUCAUAUAAGGCCAUAUAUGAUGAUACACGGCUUUGUAUAACUAUAUAUGACCAUGUAGGUCCGUGUUUAAUUAAACAUGUAUGGCCAUACAUACUUAUGUACAUAUGAUCAUGUUUCCACGUGGUUAAUUAAACAUACAUAACUAUGCCCGUGAAAAAUGAAACAUAUGUGGCCAUGCAUGUCCAUGUAUAGAACAUUCAUAUAUGGCCAUGUAUGAUUCAUUUUUCACAGGUUUGCAAUCAUUGGCUAGUCAUCGAAUUGCGUAAAUCAUUAUUCGAACCACUUACAAUUCUGUUGCUGAACCAUUAAUGAACCACUAAUGGAACUAAAGAGUUACGUCGUAUAAUAUUAUCGCAGACCGGCCGUUCUGGGAAUAACCAUGACUGUACUAUUCACCAAAACAAGUAAUAAAACGUGACCGCAUGACCUUGGAGCUUGUCGCUUCUCAACCGAUUCAACAACAAGAUAAGAAACGUUUUUUGUUGUUUUGCUAGUAAAACUGAAGCCAGGUUUUAUUAAAGAAGCAAAUACUAGUCUUGGGAUUGGUCUAGUCGUAGUUAAUUUCGAGUAUAUAUUUCGUGGUGAAGUGAACCGUGUAAUUUUUUAUGUCAGUACGUACUCUAAUUUUUGUGUGCCAUUUUAUUGUUCUAUAUCUUUUAGGACAGCAAGACUUUCACCGAUAAUUGUCUUGAAUAACUGUCAUAGCACAUUAGAAUUCAAAACCGGUCGGUGAAAUAUUUAUUGUUUUUAAUAAGCAUUCAUAGUUAAUAUGAUGCCAAGGUGUGUUUUCUUUCCCUAAUAAUAGAAAAUUGUGUUUGUGUUUCGUAGAUUGUUUCCAAGACGCAAACUGAAGAAUAAUAGGAGUUCGAAUGUUCAAUUGGAAAAAUACAACUGUCGCAAAAUUUCCAUUCAACUCUGA